AUGGAUAUGGAUGAGGAGGAGGCUCUGCGAAAGGCUGCACGGGCUGGUAUUCAACUGCUCGAAGCCAACAAGGCAUUGAACGAGGAGGUCUUGGCGCUGCGCGAGCAAGUGGCGGUGCUGGAGCACGAGCGACCGAAGCUACGCGCGCAUUUAGAGUUGCGCGAGCAGGAGCUGGCCAAUGUGAUGGAGAAUAGGAAGAAUCUGCUCAUGGAGGCCAGUGCGCUGCACAACGAGCUCAAGGCCAAGUCGGCACUCGUGACGGAUCUAUUAGAGAAGGAGGAUCUGCUCAAGCAACAAGUGGCAGAUGCCGAGGCUGCCAAGUCGGUGGCGGAGAACCACAUUAGUGUCUUGCAGUUGGAGCUGGAGCAGCUCAGAAUGGACACAGCCAAGAAUGAAGCUGCAGAGCAGAAUUACACUGUGGCGAACCCUGCAGCAACAUACGACUCGAACCAGGCCAGUGUCUUUACGUACACGGACUACGAGGAACUGCAACAGCGACUGCACAUCACGUCGGAGGAGAACGAAGCGCACACUUUGGAAGUCAAGAGUCUUCGGAAAGAGGUCGAAGCUCUGCGCCGCAAGGUGACCAAGCUACCAGAGUGUGUUGCUCACAUCGAGCGCCUUGAGAAGCGUAAUGAGAAGCUGCAAAGUGCCAAUGAUACGCUGCGUGAAGAGCGCAUGGAAGAGCAAGCCGUACUGGACAGUCUCCGCUCAAUGAACUUGGUGUAUAAGAAGAUCGCCGAGUCGCGUUCAUUUGCAGCUGACUGCACGUGCUCCCAGCAACCGGAAGAGGCAGAUCCGCAGACUUUGGGUGUCACUGUGCGUGACGUGCUCAUUGACACGAACAUGAAGCUUGAAGCCGAGCUACGCGAGUUGCGAGCCACCAUGGACUUGCCGAAUAGUCUGUCUGAGAAUGCUGAAGAAGAGGUGUUGGAACAGGCACUUAAGCGCGUGGCCAGUAACAGCAGCAAUGGGUCGGCGGCUUCGGACGCCAGCAGCAGCAGCGGUGAGUCGGUGGAGUCGGUGAAUGAACGCCUUAGUCGCAAGUUGCAGAUCGUCACCGAGAAAUAUAACUUAUCCAAGGAAAUGCUGCGUCACACCAAGGUGCAAUGGUGUGCUGCAGUCGCGUCACAGAAGGCACUGGAGGAAUGCAACAAGUCAGCUCAAGACGAGAUUUCUCGACUCACACACCAGCUUGACUACCACAUUGCAGCUCUCGCUGAUGCGGAUGUCGAUGAUAAAGAGAAACAGAUUAGAGCACUUGUGGAUGACGAAGACAGUAGCAAGUGGGCUGAGGAGACGGCGCCGUUCCCAGCGCCACCAGGAGACCUCAAUUCGCCACUAAUCAGACGUUUCCUGGAUCAAUGGACCACUGACAAAUUGAAAGUCAUGGCGCUUACUGAUUGGCUGCACAACUCGAUUCGAGGCACUGGUCGAGCGACACCCCUGCGGCUUGUGAACUUAACGAGCGAAAUAGCUGCGGGUUUCACGCAGUUGCUGGUCCCCAUUAUGCGUGAGCGACACGGCAUUUCCGUGAGCAUUUACCGCCGUGAUAGCGUGCACGUAUUGUCAGACCUAGUGCUACAGACCAACCACCCCAGCGUGACGAUGCAGUCUUACUCCACAGCCGCAUCCAACGACAAAAAAGUCUUGCUGACGCAUCCUCAUGAUCCGGAAGAAAGUAGUGAACCCGAGCUGGACUCUGCGUCAUGCCGCACGCGAGGGAGCUCUGGCGAUAGCGUAUUGCUCAAAGGUGAGACGCAGUUCCUGUACGGCUGA